GGGUUUUUCUUUCUCCUUUGAAGAUCUGAGGGCAUUGCCAGCUAUCAGAUGCCGAAGGGAGAUCAGCGAGGAGCCGGUUGGCAAUUCUACGAUGACUCUUACGACGGCAUCUGGGACGGCUCUUUACUGCGCCAGGGACUCGGCCAGUUGACAGACGGCAAACUCGGUGCCGACAAUUUCAAAGCCAGUUAUUACGACCAAGAUCGAGGCUGGGUCGGGUGGCGUAACGACUCGCGCAACGGCCAGCCCGUCGAGAUCGUUUUCGGGUUCAAUACGGUGCGCGAUUUCACGUCGCUGAGUAUCUUCGCCAAUAACCAGUUUACCAAAGAUGUCCAGGUAGGGUCGUAUUCUUUCCAUCAAGCAGUUUGCAACGUUGAAAUAAAUAACUAA